AUGGCUUCAAAAACUCCGAUGGAGGAUGCAAUGCGCUCCAAGAUCACCGAAGCUCUCAAACCCACAACCCUCGAAAUCCACAAUGACUCUCACCUACACUCACACCACAAAGCAAUGGCCGGAAGCACAUCGCAAGAGACGCACUUCAGGGUUGUGAUCACGUCCGAGGCAUUCAAAUCCAAGAUGCAACCUGCGCGGCAUAGAAUGGUGUAUGCGCUCUUGAAGGAGGAGAUGGCACAGGAGGGCGGUAUCCAUGCGCUGCAAUUAAGGACCAGGACGAUGGAGGAGGAACAGAGACAGCUGCAGAGGGAGAAAGAAGAGAAGGGUGAGCCGAUUACAAGUGCGGGUGUUAGUACGGCAUAG